AAAUAGUUUUUAAUAGUGCCUAGUAUUUACAUAUGUUCAGUGUUUCUUAUUCUACGCGCGAAAAACGAUUUGUUUAUGUUUUAUUGUGAGCUAUUAAAAAACAUAUUGUCACGGUGUAUAGUUGCAAAUAUCUAUUUAAACUAUCAUCUGUUUAACAUGAAACUUCAUUGUAAUAUAAAAGUAAACAAUAGAUUAUUUACAACAAAUGUAAUAACAAGGAAGUCACUACGUUCCAUAAUAAAAAUUGGAAGAGAAACUGUAAAAAAUACAGACAUAUAUCUGCUUUGGCAAACAUUACAAAAUAAGCAUGGUACUAAAUAUAAGAUUAAUAAUAAUGUAGACAAAAUAUAUACAAAAUUUAUUGAUGAAGGAAAAGCUACAAUUCGCUUUAUAGAACCACCUCAUGAUUUAAUUAUUCAAUCUGAUAAAAUUCAACUCAAAAGUUUUAUUCACGUUUUAAAACUUGCAGUAAUUAAAAAGGUUGAUCCACCAGUUCUUGAUAUUUCAAAUUUAAACCCAAAAUGUAUGAGUUCUUUACCAAAGAUUAAAGUAGUGGUUAAUAAAUCUGAAUAUCCAACUUUAGAAGGUUUUCCAAGAACAACUGAAGAAUUAUAUAUAGUAGGAUUAAAUAGGAAAUCAUUCGAUAGGCAAAUUUUAAGACUCCAAAGCUUAAGAAUUUUAAAUUUGUCUGAAAAUCAGAUUUCAUCUUUACCAAACGAAAUUGGCACUUUACAGCAUUUACAAGAACUUGUUUUAUCACAAAACCGGCUUGAUAAGGCUUUAAAAUGGGCAUGGUUAGAUCAAGUUGCUAUAAGAUCUAACUUAAAAUUAUUGGAUAUAAGUAAUAAUAGGUUAUACAAAUUACCACAACAAAUUGGAAAACUUGAGAGUCUUGUUAAUUUGAAGGCUAGUCAGAAUAUGUUAUCAUUCUUACCACAGAGUCUUGGGAAGUUACAUAAUUUAAAAUAUUUAGAUGUAUCGAAAAACAAAUUACGUUACUUACCUGGAAGUAUAAGGAAUUUACAUUUUAUUACAGUAGACGUAUCAAGAAAUGAGUUUUCUUCUGUAGAUUAUGCAUUAUAUUCUAGGUGUAAAACAAAUGUGCCAAGUUUAACUGAAUGUGCAGCCACGUCAUUUCUGAAAACAAGAUGUUCAUAUGAUGCAAGCAUAAUUCCACUUACAUUGGUAAAGUAUUUAGAUGAGGCAAAGUAUUGUCUCUGUGGAAAUCCAUGUUUUCAUUAUUAUCUAAGAAAAUUUGUAAGUUUUGAUUGCAAUAUAGCAACAAAUAUGAUAAAGUCAACAGAAUCUGCUCUACUACCGUUUGAUUGCUACUUCUGUUCAAGUAAAUGUAUAUAUUAUCCACCGCUUUAUAAAUAAUUUAUUAUUUUUAAAUUAA